ACGAAGCAUGCGUGGAUAUAUUGUAUAUAUUAUUUAAAAACUAAUUUGACUUGGCUUAUUCAUUGCGGAUCCAUGCCAUUGGUGCAUUGAGACGGUGGUCAAUUAUCCGUUAUAAAUCAAGGUAGUUUUCUGUAUGGAUCAUUAUUACAUAUUCUGCUUCAUUACUUAGUUUACUUUCUGUGCAGGCUAACAAGGAGAGCAGCAGAUGACGCCGCGAUGUCAUUAAGGAGAGUAAAUGUGGUCAUCCUUGUGCUACUGGCAGUAGCAUUUCUGAUCAUCGUGCAACGGAAUCUCCUGAAUCUCAAUGACUUCCUUAUAAGUGAGAAUCCAGAUGCAGUGCCAGGUAUGCUUCUGCCAUUUGAGUCUGAGUUCUCUCCUGAGCUCAGACCAGACCUUGUGAGAACUGGGGAGAAGAUCCCAGUGGUCAUUACUGCUGCAGAGGAGAGACUGGGAGCUGUGGUGGCUGCCAUGAACAGUGUCUACCAGAACAGCAAAGCCAACAUUGUGUUCAACAUUGUGACCAUGAACGACACUGUGGAUCACCUCAAGGUGUGGAUGAGUAAGACUCAGCUUAACAAUGUCAAGCACAAGAUCAUCAUAUUUGAGCCCCAACUUCUCAAUGGGAAGAUUACCAAAGAUCCUCAGAAGCUUGAGUCUGUGAAACCGUUGACCUUUGCCAGAUUUUACAUGCCGGUAUUCAUACCAGAUGCAGAAAAGGCCAUUUAUUUGGAUGAUGACAUCAUUGUACAAGGGGACAUCCAAGAGCUUUUUGACACAAGCCUAAAGUCAGGUCACGCAGCUGCGUUCUCAGACGACUGUGAUUCUGCAUCCGCAAAGGGCAUCGUUCGAGGGGCCGGGAACCAGAACAAUUACAUUGGCUUCCUGGACUUUAAAAAAGAGGCCAUCAAGAAGCUGGGCAUGAGGGCUAACACGUGUUCCUUUAAUCCCGGCGUGAUCGUGGCCAACCUGACGGAGUGGAAGCGUCAGAACAUCACCAACCAACUUGAACACUGGAUGGAGCUUAACGCACAAGAGGACCUCUACAGUAAGACCCUGGCAGAGAGUAUCACCACACCUCCCCUGCUCAUUGUCUUCUACAAACACCACUCCAGCAUCGACCCCAUGUGGCACGUCAGACACCUAGGGGCUACUGGUGCUGGAAACCGCUACUCUCCCCAGUUCGUGAAAGCUGCCAAACUCCUCCAUUGGAAUGGACAUUACAAACCAUGGUCCAGGACCUCUUCAUUCACCGAAGUCUGGGACAAGUGGUAUAUUCAGGACCCCAUGCGUAAAUUCCAUCCAGUUCGGAAACAUGCAGGGGACAAGUAGACUAAAGCAGGGAUGUGACCAGACGACAGCUAGUCUGCCUCUACCUGUCUGUCCUCCCAGAGUGACUUCUCAGGAACCCUAACGUGAUGCAAGCCCAUUCCAAACACAGUGAUAUGUCUACUGUUUACCAUGCAGUGGUGUUGUAGAUCUCAGGCAGAGACAGGGGCAUGUUCCAAUGUUCCAUAGUGUGUAACAUAGGAUGUUACAGAUAGAAAUGUGUCAUACAUCUCAAUAGUCUAAAGUGGCCUUCUAAUUUUUUCACAUCAAAGCAGAUGCAGCUACAUAACUGUUGAGAUGCACCAAUGGUUCUAUGCUUAGCUUCACAUGUGACAAGGUAAUAAUGUAUAUCUUUAACAUGAAGUAGUGCCAUACUGAAUACACUCUGUGCCUGUGUUCAGGAACUAUCCCUCUGACAAUUUGCCAAGAUUGUCAUUUUCCUUAAACCAACAGUCUGCCUCUUUCCUUAGACCUUCACAUUGAUGCAUUAUUCUGUCAGAACAAGGAUCAAUGUUUGUUACUGCCGGUUGUCUCGCACUUUAACUCCUUACCCUUUAUAACUGUAAAUCAGCAUCACUACCACAACACUAAACAAAUAGUUAUAAACAAGCUUGAAGCCUACUAUCCUUUCUCUUGAUUGCAUUUUGCAGCAUCAUGCUUUUUUGCAAAGAUGGAUAUAAAUGGUAUACACAAACCACUAUGGUAUCAAUACAUGUGCUUUAGCUGAAAUGGUUAUGGGAUAACCAUGUGUCAAAUAGCUUUUUUACAUCAUUUAGGUGCUUUUAUCUAGAGCAACUUAGUGAGUGCAUACAUUUUCUUACUGGUCGCCUGUGGGAAUCAAACCCACAAUCCUUGUUACACGCACCAUGCUCUACCAACUGAGCCACACGGGACCAACUCCUAUGGUUUUCAUUUUAAAGUAUUCUCAAACACUACACGCCUCCUGAUAAUGUGGUGUUUUGCUAACAGUUGUUACAUGUCACUGUCAGGGCUUAUUUUUCUACUCUGUACAAAGGAUUAUUCUAGCAGAUAUAAAUAUUCAAAUUGUCAUCCUUUUGUAAAAGAAGCUUAAUAAAACCAAGUCAACUCUA